UUGACAUAUAAUAAAAAAUUUCAUUCGCUAUUAAACGAUUAGUAUUUGAUUUACAUUAGAAUUAGACGAAGCUUUAUAUUCUUGAUGCCUUUAAAAAGAAAAUUCUCAGUGGAGCUACAACGCACCAUUUCUUCAGCAAAGGCCUUUAAAUGUAUUCCAUGUUAUGAGAAAUUCGAAAGUAUAGCCGCAACAAAUUUUAACAAUUCGUUUAAUUUGUCCAACAAAAAUGGACAGAAUUCAAACCAAUACCAUAUAUAUUUUUUAAUGGAUCCGCGUAUCACUUGUAAUCUUUCAAAUGAAGCUAAGCAAAAGAAUUUCAAGGAGAUUGUAAUUUGGAAGCAGUUUUUGAAUUCGAUUUUCUAUGUAGGCAAAGCUAAAUCGAAUCGAACUUAUUCCCAUUUAUAUGACGCUAUGAAUGAAUAUAGGAAAGAUAUAUUCAAUCCCAAACGAAGUAGAGAAAAGUGUUUGACGUUAAACAAAUUACGUCGUAUUGUCGAUAUUUGGGGAAAUGGUCUCGGAGUCGUUAGUCUGCAAGUAUUUCAGAAUUUUAAAUCAAGUGAAGCCUACACCCGAGAGGCCGCCAUUAUUGACGCACUAAGUCUUCGCAAUCUAACGAAUAAAAAACGAGGAGUUUAUUACGGUCCAUCUAGCAAUUGGACUGCAAAAGGAAAAAAGUUGUUGGGUAUUUCCUUGCUUUAUAAUGCAAUGCAAAUAUUUCUUUCGGAAAACGAGACUCAGUUAUUUCCAAGGGAUUUGAUUAAAUAAUUAUGACAUUCAAAUAUUCAGAAAAAAAUUAAUAUAUAUUUAUAGUUUCAAAUUGCGUCAA